CCUCCACACCACGUCGGUUGAACCAAACCUACCCUAUACUUCCAACUCACCUUCUUUCCUCGAUCAUCCCAAUGUCACGAGCACUCGACAAGAGUCUCAAGGAAUCUCUUAAGCAUGGCGAUCAUCAUUCGGUAUUUCUAGAAAUCUCAACUGUUCUUAUUGAGCCUUCAAAUGAGCCUCUAGAGAUCGAACUGUUGGGUAAAAGCCACAUCCUAGAUGCCAACGCAUCAGUCUUGCGAGAUGACAAUGCAGUGGCCAUACCAAAGUUACGCCUCGUGCAGGCUUUCAUAGUGGCACAAAGGCUUCUUAAACAGUCCCAGGCUGAUAGCCAGCGAGUAUCGUCAGAAGAUAUCUCAAGGUCAACUGCAGUUAUUCUGUUGAUGGACCCAGAGCAUCUGACAGCUGCCAACACAAGAAAGCGACUGAUCAGAGACAAAUUGAGAGAACAAGAUCUGCAAGACAGACUUCACCUCGAGAAACACCUGAUUGAUAGUUUACUGACCAGUCGGCUUCAUCGACAUACGAAAUCGCCAACACUAUGGAAUCAUCGUCGAUGGCUGAUACAACAAUUUCGUGUUUACAACAUCAAUGUUCCAGCCGAGAAUGACCUCACAAGAACCAUCAUGGUAUCUGGAGAAAGACACCCACGGAAUUACUAUGCCUGGUGUCACGCCAGAUACCUGAUCAACGCCUUUAUCCUACCUUUGUCAAGUUCACAAGAAGGAAUAUCACGCAUGAUCAUCGCUACGCAAAAGUGGUGCUUUGCACAUCACAAUGACAUAUCUGGCUGGCAAUUUCUUCUAUUCCUGCUGGACAAGCAACCUGCCGAGACUUCGCCCGUGUUUCGCGAGACAUUGAAACUCGCAGCCUCGUUCAAGUGGCGGAAUGAGUCUGUGUGGUACUUCCUUCGGCUUGUUGCUGCUCGGGGAGUCGCAAACACUGACAAAGAGGAAUUUGAAGGCCUGCGAAAGACACUCUGGGAGACCGCGUCUGAGGACAGUAUUGAGAAGAAGACGCUUGAAAGAGCAGAGCAGUGGCUCAUGGCCAGUCAAUGAUCGUGGACGACUUCGUAAGGAACCGGAGUUGAGGAUCCAGGCUGAAACCGAAACUCAUUCAUGGGUUGCCUCACGGGUGUCUUUCGGGUACAUGCGACUAUGAAACAUGGGAAUAGACAUUGGAAAUAGAAACAAUACGGUCUCAACUGGAGCACAGACGUUGAAAACCGAUGAUAUUGUCACGAUCCUUAUCAAAAUGAAGAUCUGCCGUCUCUUUGACAUUGAAAUAUUGAACCCUGAGAGGCCCUUGGCUAGUGACCUAUCACAGCUGAAUGCAGAUAUGGUUCAAAGCUGCAAUAUAUGAAUUCAAAUUGAGGUCUACCCUGAUCGACACGAUCCGAGCAGAUAGUGCUGCCGGGGUCGAGAUUAAAAUUCCGAGAGGCAUUGACGGAGCCGUGCGGUUGUUUCAUCAACGGGGUCAGUUGACAAGGGACUUCCUGGACCAUGAAGCUAUCCACUUGUGUUUAGGCAUUCUGAAUUAGCGAUGAAGUCAUCGAAUCGCAUGCAGCGAGCAGAGAUCCAUCGAAUAUAUAUUGGAAUCUCAGUGAAAUUGCAUGGCUACUAAGGAGAGCUUGGCGCCAAUGUGAGAAGGGCGGAAGCCAAUGAGAUGCUGUAUUGUAGAUUGGAACAUAGAGUGUGCAUGUCCUUGCGAUCGGAAUGAUACAUUUGCCCAAUUUGGCUCGGGGAAAGAUUGAACAGAGGAUAUUGUUAUCCCCAGCUUGUUUGCAACUAAGAACAAUGGCUGCUUUUGCACGAUGAUGGGAGCUUUGACGUUGCUCGCGUCAGGGGUGAGCUUGGUUGUCAUGCGUGAGCUUAGAGAACAAACAUUAAAUAGGAAACAAAUUCCACGUAAAUAGGUUUGAGAAU